GGUUGGAUGAGUUGUUCUGUCUCAGAGGAACCCCCGUUGCACCGGAGAACCCCCAAAGAUGGACGAUCGUCAGAUGAGUAAAAAACUCGGUCUACGAGCAUCAUCCAAUGGCGUUGAAGGCACAACUGACCCGUAGGCAUAUGCAGUACUGUCUCGGUUCUGCUUCGCCCUGUUGUGCAGAUUGCAUGCAUGGCCGGCCUCCGUGCUUCGCCGAGUGGAUUCGCCUCGGGAUUAGCCACUGCUGCCUGUGUGCUUCUGGACAAUUAAAUAGGUACUCCACUCCAGGAGGGCUUCUAUUUGAGGACCCAGACUACGAGCAUAGCUGAGUUUUCGAUAUCGAUAAUCCAACAGCAUCGCACGAUGACGUCCAGUACUGGAAAGCUUCACAAAUUUCAUCAGAAGGGUGACGACUUCGUUCUAAGCGAGAACGGUCUUGGUGCCAACUUCGUCCACCCGGCGACCAACGACACUGCUCUGAUCUCGUACCUAUACUUCACCGGCAAGCAGGAGCGAUACGUGGAGGUUCAGCAUGAGCAGCCAGAUUGGUACGAUAGAAACUACAAAGGCGAGGAAUCGGAGGGUUCGGUGAUGGCGGUAGAUCCGCCUGCGACCCAUCGCCAUAGCUCAUCAACCUAUGAGGUCUUUUCAACACUGAGAGACCUUCGGAAAACACUGAGCGAUGCCGACGGCGCGGACAGGAUCGAGUCAGAAAAACAACCAGCUCGCGGAGAGCUGUCCACGGUGAAGACGGAUUUUCUUCACCCACAGGGCGAGUACCAGCGCAUCCUAGAAUUCACGGGUAAAGAUGCGGAUACGACCAAAUCGAAUGUCAAGGAAUUUUUAGAAGAAUUCGUGAUGGAGUAUCUUCAGUAUCCCUCGAUUUCACUUCCCGAUCCUUGGCCUGAAAGCAAGUUCAAUGGUGUCCUUUCUACCGGACGAUUCAAUGAGGAGGAAACAAAAGAUCAGUCUGUGGUAUUGGUUUCGAUGCCGUACCUCCACAUGGAAACGCUGUCCAGGCCGACGAACGAAAAGGAUGGCGCCGAAGGAAAUAUCAUGCUCGAAAAGCGGCAGGCAUAUUUCGUUGUGAUUGACGACAACACACUUGCCAUUUUCAGACAAAAGGAGACUUCAACGCCAAAGGAGCCGCUCCUACUACCAGGGCAAAGCAGACAGGGUGCUUUCCAGACCUUGAUGAGCUUGAUAUCGCGACUGGUCGAGUCGGAAGCAGACCUCAUGGAUAUCCUCGAAGACCGAGCACGCCUCGCUGACACGAGACUUUCGCAACAAAAAUCGGACAUCCUCGGCAGCUCAAGCGAGGCGGACAAGGCGCAACGCGUAAGAGGCGCGAGGGAUAUUCUGUCGGGUGUGUUUAAAGGCAUGCGCGAUGUCUCGGUGGUCGCUCAAGUUGCAGGCACUCAGGUCCGGGUCUUGAAACAGCUCCAGAAACUCCUAAGGAACAGCACGCCUUCGGUCAAGGAGGGGUGGAAGCCUCAUCCAGGAUUCAGACGGGCAUUCAGUGAAAUUGUGUACGUUCCCAAGAUCCGGACGCUGGGGGAACAAAUUCCCAUUGUCCUGUGGAUGAUCGACGAGAUUAUGGGAGAGUGCAAGCAGCUAUCGAGGGCCAUCGAAGAUCUAUACGUUCCCGUGCGGACUUCGUGUGACUCGUUGGCCCAGCUCGUUUCCGCCUCCGUGUGUGCGGACGAAGCAGUCCUCCAAGCGCAGAAAGUUGCGGAUGAGAUAGCCUGGCAAGGCGAAACCAUGUCCAUGUUCACCGCUGUUACCACGCUCUUCCUUCCACUAAACUUCUUCUCAUCGUACUUCGCACUCGACGACGCGAAAAAAUACAUCAACACGCAGGAACUUUUCUGGGCGAUCGCGGCGCCCAUCACCGCCAUCUUCUUUUUCUCGGCAGCAAUUGUUAUUCUCGGCAAGGAAUACAAGUACAAGGACAUGAUAAAGGCAGCGGCCACAUUCCGGAAGCCCAAGUCCAGGCAGGACUACCACGCUGAGGAGUACAGAAAGAGACAGGAAGAUCUGUUCGCGAUUACGAGUGGGCUGGAUAGAGGAAGUACGGCUGCUGCACCCCCACAAGGUGUUUCACAAGGUGAUCAGCGGGACUCAUUGAUCAAAUCGGCAAGCUCUGUGAUGGUUUGAGAAUAUUCUGGGGGGAGGUACAAAGUCUUAUUAUUUCGUUUGUAUUUGCGAUGGAUGAAUAUCUGGGAAUGUAAUUUAAUGUAAUGUAAUGUAAUGUAUCGUAAGUUAUUGCCGCCAAGCAUCUAUCACAAGUCGUGGGGAGCCAGCCCGAGGUGCUGAGCCGAUGUUGCUUGACCUCACGCCCUCCAACCCCGCAAAAUAAAGUUGAGUAAACGGAUCAAACUCCACGCUCUACUGAUGCGUGGUACUAAGCACGAUAGGUAUUCCAUGGCGAUGUACG